GGGUUGUUCCGAACGAUGCACUCCCGGCAAGCGCGUCACACAACCGGUCAUUCUCCCGCAAACGCGCGAUGGUGUAAUACUUGCAUUUCGGUGAAAACUGCAAUCGUGUUAAUUUUCAAUCGUAAGAUAAAGGUUCACGGGUUAGCGGUGGUGCGUUAGAGUGAACUGUGAAUGUACUCAGUGACAAAAUAGUCGAGAAUAUUGUGUACGUUGUGAGUGAUGAAUGUGACCACCAUCGGUUCGAUUAGGUUGGAUUAUAAUCGCGAUUUAACACGAACGCGCCGUUUUUAUAAGAUAGGAUAUUGACGUUACUGAUUUUGACGCCUUAUUCUAAGUGAGGUGAAAAUUUUUAGCUUUUUUUUGAGGUUAUGUUGUGUGUACAGAGGGCGUGACAGUACCGAGCCGCCGACUAGGGGUUGGCCACCUUUUCGCGCGCUACUCUCCCGCGCUUUGAGAAGAAAACCUUCUCGAUAUUUCAUUAGAAAUAAAUAUUCCAGCCAGUACGUAGCGGCCCUAACCAAUUAUGCAAACUUUUAAUAAUAUUGCGAACCAUUCCAAGCCCUGGUAAAUAAUAUUUCGACAUCAAUUUGCCAGAGUCAACGUAGAGACUGUGCAUUAUGGCGAGUGUGUAAAGUGAACUCUGCAUGCACGGACCUCCUGUAAUUUUCUAUUUUACUCUGGAUAUUCCAUAGUGAUUUUUAAUUAUCCGGUCUCCGAAUAUUCCCCAAGAUCCGCUCGAUCCGUUAAAAAAAUCAAUACGCACCUGGAUCUUCGUCGUCAGAUAAAAUACGCCACCAAACGACGAACAAGAUGCCACAAACGAGCUUGCAGGAAAAGCAGCCAUCACAGAUUUAUCUGCCAACAAGCAAGCCACAAACUCUGAAACGUAAACGUCGAAACACAGAGAUCUCUGAGGAUGCAGAAAAUAUUUACCCACCUAAGAAGGUCCCCUCGAUAUCUUCUGCUCAUACACCAUCCAAUGAAACUUGCCACUCGACUUCAACUGCAGAUGGUCUUCGUACUCCACAGCAGCAGCAGCAGCAGCAACAGCAACAACAGCAACAAACCUCACCUUUAACAGAGCAGCAGGACCCAAUUAGCUGGUCCGAACUCAGGAAUGCAACUUGUUUCCUGACACCAUCUGCGUCCAACGGUGGGCCCAACAGGCCCAGUCCACUUCCUUCCUUUCCUUGGGCGGACGGGUCACAAGUAUGGUCGCUGAUGUGCCUAGGGGAUCAGAAGUCUUUGACUCAAAGGGAUCCUCAGAUGUUUCAGAGGCAUCCCACUCUGCAACCUCGAAUGAGAGCUAUUCUGUUAGACUGGCUUAUCGAAGUCUGCGAAGUUUAUAAGUUACACAGGGAGACAUAUUACUUAGCAAUGGAUUUCGUUGAUAGGUAUCUGUCGUCUCAUCAAAAUGUCCCCAAAAACCAGCUUCAACUUAUCGGCAUUACUUGCUUGUUCAUUGCUUCUAAGGUUGAGGAGAUCUACCCUCCUAAGAUAGCGGAAUUUGCAUACGUCACGGAUGGCGCCUGUACAGAGUCAGAAAUACUUGGAAAAGAACUGAUAGUUCUGAAGGGACUCGGGUGGAAUCUUUCUUCAAUCACAGCGCCUGGUUGGCUCAACAUUUACAUGCAAGUGGAAUGCGGUGAUACAUCUCGUCCGAAUGCAUUUGUUUACCCCCAAUAUGGUGGGCUUAAAUAUUCUCAGGCUGCCCAACUCCUUGACUUGGCAACGUUGGAUGAAAGCUGCCUUAAAUUUCCGUACAGUCAUAUAGCUGCCGCAGCUAUUUAUCACGUACAAGGAAGAGAGUGUGCCUUGAGAGUAUCGGGCUUAACAUGGGAACAAUUAUCACCGUGUGCAAGAUGGUUAGACGCAUUUGCCAACACCGUUGCCGAAGAAGUUCCACAACUUCUGUUGAGAUCCGCCAUACCGCCCAUAGAAUCCCAUUCCGGGUCUGGACUAAGAGCAGCAGUGCCUAAUAUAGUUAUGGACGAAUCCCAUCGCAUACAAACUCACGUAGUAGAUUUAAAUAUGUUGGAUCGAGCCCUGCAACGGUUGACAACCGAACUACCUCUUGCAGACUCUGUCAACGCGCAAGCAGAAUUCGAUUCCAACAGUAGCCUUAAUAGAAGUGGCAUUUUAACUCCACCCUUAAGUAAUCAAAAACAUUCAUCAACUCCGCCCCGGCUUCCACCGCCACUGCACCCUUAUACUUAAGCCGUAAUUGACUUUGUAAUGAUGGCUUGAGUAGAAUAAACAUAAAACAUUGUUAUAGUUAAUCAUCAAUGGCAACCAUCGUAUUUAAACCAUCGUGAUAUCUCUUCCAACACCGCUGCGUAACUUUCUGCCAUAAGUAAAAGGGCUUGCACAGGGAUUAACACAGCACUAAUAUCUUGAGUUGAGAAAAUUUGGAGCAAGUUGAAAAAAAUAAAGAUUUGUCUUCAAAGUUAAGAGUAGAAAACUAAACUAAAAAGUGAAAAGUAAUGCUCUUUGUUCAAAUAUUUCAAGUGCUUGCCAGGUGGGCAUAAACAGUCAUUUACAGAACGAACAAUUUUUAACAGUUAAUAUCAGUUGAUAAUAAACUACAGUUUUUCAUACAACUUACUGUCGCUCUAGCUUCAUUUAACGAAAAUUAAUGGAAAGAUUGAAGAAGUGAUCAAAAUUUGUUGAAAUUAUGACCAUUUCACUCUUUGCGUUAACAAUGUUGAAUUCAAUGCAUAAUUAUCAACAAAUGGAAAUAUUAUUUUAAAAUCGAAGCCUUAGACAACAGCUUUUACAUCCUCAAACUUGAAACAUCAAGUGUCAUUUGUUUCCUGUUAUUUCUCUUUUUUUCAAAUAGUUAAAGAGUAUGUGUAGUUGAACAAGCCGUGCCGUGUUAAUUUUCACCUUUUCAAUUCAAAAUUCGAUCAGAGUAUAUGAUCUUGGCCCAGAUUUAUGACUAUAAGUUAUUCAAACUAUUUGGCGUAACUUUCGUGGCGGAUCCUGUAGACAAUUAAUUAUCCUAAGAUUCAUUUUAAUCGCUUUUGCACGCGAGCUAAUUUCUUAGCAUUUGUUUUUCCACUUUUCAAGUUAAUUCGAAUUAUAUGCAUCUAGUAACUCUUUAUUCUAAGCAUCAUUUACUAAAGUAACUGUA